AUGGGUGUCUUGAGAAGGUACAUGCAGUCACCAAGAGAGUCACAUGGAGCAGCUAUGAAGCAAUGCUUAAGGUAUCUACAGGGUACAACUACUUCUUACGGCAUAAUGUUUCAUUGCAGCAACUCAAAACCAAUGAAGAUAAUAGGAUACAGCGACAUCAGUCAUUAUGUUGAUCCUGGUGAUGUGGCAUUAUCCUCAUGUGAACCCGAGUUCAUGGCCGGAACAGAAGCAGCUCGGCAAGCCAUAUGGAUACAAGAUUUGCUCAUCGAAGUUAUGGGAGAUACGAGUGAGAAAGUGGUUAUCGGGAUUGAUAACCAGUUGAAAAUUGCUUUGACAAGGAACCCUGUGUUUUAUGAGAAUGAGAAAUUAGAAGUAGAGCAUGUUCCUGGACAUGAACAUAAGCUGGAUAUAUUGACAAAGGCACUUGGAAUAAUCAAGUUUAAAGAGAUGAGAGAUCUCAUUGGAGUUCAAGAUGUGUUGAUAGAAGACUUCAAGCUUAAGGGAGAGAAUGUUGGAUUAAGAUGA